UCCGGUAAUAGAAUAGCCAAUGUAAUAUGACACUUCAACUUGCUUGUUGAUUCAGUCACUCAUCCCCUGACGUUAAGCUCUGCUUAAGUGUUUGUGGAGAGAAAGGGGAAGACAUUAAAACACUGUCUGAAAAUAAAGAGGAUUUCCUGGCUCCGUGGCUUACUUGGGUCGGAUCCUAAAUUAACCCUUUCUGGCACAGGACGCAGCAAGGGGGUGGGGGUCUCCACAGGCCAUGUGACCAGAGGGGGAGGCAGGGCCGCUGCCUGAUUGGACUCUUGGAUCACACUGCAUGCAGGAAAAACCUAUGUUCCACGAGGAAGUAAACAUCCUUUUACCUUGUACAAGGAAGACCCCCACAGGAACAUCCACAGCUUCUGGGGCAUGACAACUUCCCCAUUCGGCCGGCUAUCGAGAGGGCUCAUCGCACUCCUACUGUCCGAUGGAACGAUAGAUCCAACCCGAGGCCUAUCCUGAUAAAGCUGUUACACUUUCAGGAUAAGAUUCGGGACCGUUCAUGGCUUUCAGGUAAAGGACGAGGAGGCGCAAUCACCAUGAACUCUCUACCAUCAAUGAACAGGCACAUACAGCAGACCAAUGACAGGCUGCAGUGCAUCAAACAGCACUUAACAAACCCGACAAACUUCCAGACGGCGGCGACGGAGCUCCUAGACUGGUGUGGGGACCCGCGGGCGUUCCAGCGACCCUUUGAACAGAGCCUGAUGGGGUGCCUGACGGUGGUGAGCCGUGUUGCUGCGCAGCAGGGAUUCAACCUGGACCUGGGGUACCGGCUCCUGGCCGUAUGUGCCGCCAACCGGGACAAGUUCACCCCAAAAUCAGCAGCCCUCCUGCCAUUGUGGUGUGAGGAGCUGGGGCGCCUCCUCCUCCUCCGGCACCAGAAGAGCCGUCAGGGUGACGCCCCGGUAAAGCUGGCCAUGCAGAUGCCCCUGGGCCCCAUGAAGCCCACCCUUCCACAUGGGUCAGUGCAGAAACCACACCCUCCACUCCGCUGCAGGGAUGGGCCCUUCCCCUACGACUCUGUCCCCUGGCAACAAAACACCAGUCAGCCCCCAGGGUCCCUGUCUGUGGUGACCACAGUAUGGGGCGUCACCAACACAUCGCAAAGCCAGGUCCUAGGCAACCCAAUGGUGAACAGCAAUCCCAUGAACCCCGGUGGCAACCCCAUGGCUCCAGGCAUGUCUGGGAACAACCCCGGGAUCAUCUCACCUCAGUUCUCUGGCCAGCAGCAGCAGUACCCCACCAAAUCCAGCUCCAGCCAGCCCUACGUGCAGGCGGGGGUGUAUGGGCGGGGCGGCUACCCGGGAGGGGGAUUCAGUGGGAGCUACCCGGGAGGUCCGAAUGCCCCUGGUGGUAUGGGAAUGCCCCCACACACGCGCCCUCCUGCCGACUUCACCCAGCCUGCCGCUGCUGCUGCCGCCGCGGCUGUUGCUGCCGCUGCUGCCACAGCAACUGCCACAGCCACUGCCACGGUCGCUGCCCUGCACGAGACACAGAACAAGGACAUGAACCAGUAUGGUCCGAUGUGUUCCUCUUUCCAGAUGGGCCCAACCCAGGCCUACAACAGCCAGUUCCUGAACCAGCCAGGCCCCCGCAGCCCCCCCUCCAUGCAGCCCGACAUGAGCAUGAGCCCUGUGGGGAUGGGCGGGGGAAUGGGUGGGGUUAUGGGCGGGGGUAUGAAUGCCUCUGGCAUGAGCGGGCCGCCCAUGAGCAUGAGCCAGCCCAGAGCCCAGGGCAUGAGCCCCUUCGGCGGCCAUGGCCAGCGCAUGCCCCAGCAGGGAUACCCCGGGCCCAGGUCCCAGGUGCUCCCCAUGCAGGCCAUGAAGAGGCCCUACUCAGGGGAGUGUAAUUAUGGAAACCACCAGUAUGGACCAAAUAGCCAGUACCCCACCCAUCAGGGGCAAUACCCCACCCCCAGCCAGAGCAGGCCACUACGGUCCCCCAGCUAUCCUGCGCAGAGGAUUCAGGGCCAACAGGGCCCUGGGCAGUACCCUCCUCCAGGGGUGGGCAUGGGGCCCUAUUACAAACAAGAGCCAUUUAAUGGACUGAGUGGAUAUACUUACAACCAGGGAAGUGUCAAUGGGCCCCCUCGGCCUGUAGGUAACUACCCCCAAUCUCCGGUACCGGGCAACCCCACUCCUCCCAUGACCCCAGUGAGUAGUGUACAUCCGUACUUGUCCCCAAACCAGGAUGUGAAGCCACCCUUUCACACAGAAAUGAAACCAAAUAUCGCUGCUGUCCCCCCUCCCCUGACCAAUCCCAACGAAGAGCUGCGGCUGACAUUCCCGGUCAGAGACGGAGUCGUCCUGCAGCCCUUCCGCCUGGAGCACAACCUGGCCGUCAGCAACCAUGUCUUCCACCUGCGCCCAUCUGUACACCAGACUCUCAUGUGGAGGUCAGACCUGGAGCUGCAGUUUAAGUGCUACCACCAUGAGGACCGGCAGAUGAACACCAACUGGCCAAUGUCUGUGCAGGUCAGCGUCAAUGCCACACCCCUCACCAUUGAGAGAGGCGACAACAAGACCUCCCACAAGCCCCUGCACCUGAAGCAUGUGUGCCAGCCAGGGAGGAACACCAUCCAGAUUACUGUUACAGCCUGUUGCUGCUCCCACCUAUUCGUGCUGCAGCUGGUGCACCGGCCAUCAGUGCGCUCCGUUCUGCAGGGCUUGCUGAAGAAGAGGCUGCUUCCAGCAGAGCAUUGCAUCAACAAAAUCAAGCGGAACUUCAGCAGUGUGGCCGUGUCAUCGGGCAAAGCAACAUUAAACAGGGAGGACAGCGUGGAGCAGACGGCCAUCAAGGUGUCCCUCAAGUGCCCCAUCACCUUCCGCAGAAUACAGCUUCCGGCCAGGGGCCACGACUGUAAACAUGUCCAGUGUUUUGAUCUGGAAUCCUACCUGCAGCUGAACUGUGAGCGGGGGACGUGGAGGUGCCCAGUGUGCAAUAAAACGGCAUUGUUGGAGGGACUGGAGGUCGACCAGUACAUGUGGGGUAUUCUGAACGGCAUACAAAACUCAGAGUUUGAGGAGGUCACCAUUGACCCCACAUGCAGCUGGAGGCCAGUCACCAUGAAGUCAGAUGUCCACAUCAAGGAGGACCCGGAUGGCCCCCUGGCCAAGCACUUCAAGACCAUGAGCCCCAGCCAGAUGAUCCUUCCCAACGUGAUGAACACGAUCGCGCAGCUGGGGUCUGGCCCCAUCCCCUACCCGCCAGUCCCCCCUGCGCAUGGGGGCAGCAGCGGAGAGUACAGUGGCCAAGGCAACAGUUACCAGGGGCACGGAAACUUCGACUUUCCCCAUGGCAACGCAAGUGGCACACCCAUGAAUGACUUCACUCACGGAACUCAGCUAUCCCACCCGCCAGACGUGCCUUGUGGCCUAAUGACCACAGACAAAGCACUCAGUCACGGAAUGCCUGACACGAUGCCACACCCCGCCGGCUCCAACCAGCUCCACAGCUCCAUGCAUGUCCCUCCCACUCACCCUGGCAACCAAUCAGGGCAGCCGCUGCACCAUGGUGGCCCCCUGCAGCCCUCCUGCCAGUCGCCGCUCCCGCAGCCUGCCUCCAACAGUCACUCACAUGGUGAUCUGACCUUUAACCCCAGCUCCUCCAUGAAAGGUCAGGCCGGAGGACAGGGUGCCCCGGACAUGCCAGAACCUUCCUUGGAUCUCCUUCCAGAACUCACAAAUCCAGAUGACUUGCUGUCCUACCUGGAUCCUCCUGAUCUCCCUAGCAAUGGCAACGAUGACCUUCUCUCCCUCUUUGAAAACAACUGACCUCAACUGACAACCCCCCCCCC